GUCCGGCAACAGCUGAUGCAAAAAUUGUAAACAAUUCCAAACAAUUUUCAUUCAAGAUGAAUGUAAAAGGGUAUUACACCUGGACCUACCCGGAUAUACCGGAAAAUGUGGCCCAGGAGCUGCAGCAGCUGAACAACUCACUGGUUGUCGUUGGAGUUGUGGGCCGAUCGAAUUGCGAUCAGGCUAAUAAAAUGGAAGCUUUCGGCAUGGAGCCUCCCAUGGAUCACAGAGCAAAAGAUGGCCAAAUACAGUGCUACUAUAAGCCGGGUACCUCCAGCCUGUUGCUCCAUUUCGAGUCAACAUACGACGAGGUGAUUCAAGGGCAGAUACUUGACGUCUACAUGGAGGACCCGGAAACUCCCUUCGACUUUGAUAGCUUCUAUGAGCGGUUACGUUGUGGCUUCGUGCGCAUGAUGCUGCUGGCCCUGCACGUCUGCCACAUUGUGGUGUAUGUGGAGACCGGCCAGACCUUCGAUCCCAUGCUGGUCACCAUUUUUCAGCUGUUGAAAUUUGCAAGGGAGCAGCAUAUUCUGCAGUUCCUGCCGCAAAUGAUCAGGGACUCGCCCGCCGCUAAGAUGGGCGAGAAAGCUCGACUGUGUGCCCCGAGAAUGCUCUUCCUGUUUGAGAACUUUCCGCAUGAUGAGGCCAAAACAAAGGAGGUUGUCUCCGCCUACGAGUUUCAGACGGAGGACGUCAUCUACGAGUUGCUGCGACACCACAACAUCGUGACCAACAGCAGCAGCACUUCGCUGGUGGCUUUGCCCAACAACAAGCAGUUCGUCUUCUUCAACGCCUACGAAGAAUUGCGUCCGGAUAAGCUCCUGAAGGCAAUUGAUUGCCUGAAACUGGCGAUGUACAAACCCGAUUGCAAAGAGGAGGAGGAUGACCUGGAGAUCCUUGAGCUCGCUCCUUUUCCUGGUUUUGUCAAGCCCUAUGGUCCUCCGCUCGACGAGAAGCAGUUGGAGGAGCAGCAGUACAAGAAGGAUCACACGGUUUGGCACUUUUUGCAGCGACACGUUCAGGAUGCCUUGAUCGGUUGCUUUGAUGAGGGCUCCUUCAAACAGAUGCCGCAGCUCGGGCAGUUCCAUUUGCUAAACAUCCAGGAGUGGCAAGACUGCAUGAAUACUCUGCACAAGUUGCUUAUAGAGAAUGCCAAGGAUCCGAAUCAGGAAACUACCAAUGAGGAUUAUAAAAUCUUCCUCCAGAAGUUUGACGACAGCUUGAAUUAUGAAAAGAAGUUUUGGACCCACCUGAGCGAACUGGGACUGAAGAAGGGAAUAUCCGCUUAUAAGAACGCAGCUCCCGCUAAUUAUGGCAGCGCCACCCAUAGACAACUUCUAGCAGACGCCACUGCGGCUUUUGAGGAGGAGGGACGCGGUCCACAGGCAAAGGCCGCACUGGCCAAACUGGCAGCCGUGUGCUUGAAGCACUGGCAGGACGGCAGGCAGCAGUGCGAGCAGCUCAGCCUGCGAUCCCAUCCCUGCACGCUGCCCAAGAACGUGCCGCACGAGAAGCACAACAGCGGAGUGAUCCACAUCUCGAGCUGCAAUUGCGGACGCACACAGGGUCGACGGGAGGAUCCGUUUAGUCUCCGGCAGGCCAACUACGAUUACUACGAGCACAUGGCUCAAAUGUGCAACCUCUGUGUGAAGGUCAAGCAGUACCAGUUCCCCAUUUUCGAGCCAUCUGUAAGUGAUUACCGGGCGGCGGCUUUUGAAGCAGCUUUUCCACUUCUACACACGGGCAAGGGUGGCUUACCGCAAGGUGAAGAUGAAGAGGAGGAGGCGGAGGACGAGGAGGAGGAAGGCCAGGAGCCACAGCAGCCGACGGAGAAGGAGCAGCAGAACUCCCCCAGCAACGGAUGCUCCCAGCCGCUUUCGCCCACCUUCGGUUCGGAUCUCAACAUGUCCAUCGCUGGCUUUGGCGCCUCUCUGAACGAAUCGCAGGCCAGCUCCGAGCAGUUGACGAACUCCGAGCCGAACUCCACGAGCAGUGGCACUUCGAGUGCCGACACGGACAACGAACUGGUGGUGCAGAUUCAGGAGCCAGCGAAGAAGGAAGCGCGCGAGAAAGCCGCUCCAUCGAAUGCUUACUCCACAUCUACAACGGAGUAUUUACCUGGAUUGGUGCACACAAUCAGCGACUUUGGUUUGUUGCCUCUCUUUCCGAGUUGGUCGCUGGCCUGCGUGGGUCCCAGUUCCAUUUACAGCCACAACACCGGUCUGCAGGAGCACUUCCAGAGCGGCUUCCUGUCGGGAGCGAACUUCCUGCUGCCCUGGGAUGUCCAACUGAGAUUGGUCCACGCGCCCAAGCACCAGCACCAUCCGCACCACCAGCAACAGCAUCCCGGAAAGAAGCAGCAGCGGUGGAAGAAGCAAGGGGAUCGCCUGUCGCUCAAGAUCUUCGUGGGCAUGGAGUACGAGUGCUCGCGAGGACACCGCUUCAUGAUGUGCGCUCCGGAUCGUGUGCUGCGCGGCGGAGCGGACAUCGAGCGGGACACCUGCAGCAAGGUGGUGCACAACAACAUGCCGCUCUACUAUCCCUGCCCCUGUCGCUCCCAGAACAACUACCUGGCGCAGCUGAUGCGCAUCCAUGUGGUGACGCCCAAGGCCCCGGUCAACAUCAUCGUGGAUCCGAAGGUGUGCGUCGGCAAGGGGAAGUACACCUUCACCCUCGGCAGCAUAAUCCCGCCUCGACUCUCGCAGAGCGCCUAUUGGAUCAUCCGACUGCCGUACGUUUAUCAGGGCGACGACGUUCUGAUCGCUCCGCCGGAGAAACUGGAACCAGAUGACCCGAUGGCCGGUGGUUACCUGCUGCCCGGAAUGUUCGGCGUGGCCGAAACGGACCCCUCGAUUGAUUUAAAUGAACCUGGACGGAUGGUGGCAUCCGCUUCGGGAACCUUUACUAGAAUUUAAGCCAUUUUCGUAGAUUAAAUCUACACAAAUAAAAACAAAAAGUUAUCACCUUUGCAAGGCGAACCCAAAAGAAAAGUCUCGAUAUUUAAAUAUAACGAUUAAUGUAAUCUCUUCAGGCGAUUUUGGGAAAUACGCGACGUGGAAUAGUUGGAAUCCUUUUGACUCCAACAGGGGCAAGGGAAAACCUUUGGGAUGUAAAAUGAGCAGCAUAAAGUAGAGCUUAAUACUAACAAAUGUAAUAUCUUUAAAAGAUAAUGUGCAAAUACAAUACGUCCAUUUCCUGGAUGAUCCUCUA